AUAACAUUUUUAUUUUCGUCUUUCGUAGAUGGUGGCCUAUAUUAUUAUCGUAGCAUACAGUAUUUAUAUUGGUGCAUCACUUUUCGUAUACGUCUGCAUUUGUGGAGGUGCGCACACGGUUGUUACCACCAUGCAGUAUCAAAAUCUCGUGUUUUGGAGUGCAUUACUGCUGGGGAAUUUCCCACGACCGGUGGAUACGGAGCUGCAAACCUUCAGCGGUGCUAAAGGGGCAUUCCAUCCCAGAUGUGAUGCUGGCAUGUAUGUGGCAAGCGCUGCUGCGGUUAUGGAAGAGCGAUCAGGAAUUAUCGUGCACCAUCUUGUCUCCCACACAUGGCAGGCAAAGGAACAAGGCUUACAAGGCCGUUCAUCGGAAAAGUGUUUCCGACGGUGAGAAUCUUCAGUUCUGCAUGGAACAAAAAGCGUUCAUGUUAAUUUUCUUACUGUAUACGUACAUAAUUGUGCAAACGGCACUCAGUUUCUAGACUUUUCAGAUUAAUUAUUCGCUAUUGGCUGCGAGAGCGACCAUGCUAAACAGUUAUGAUAACAAUUUUAACGAUAAAAUUAAUAAGAUACAGGUCGUAUUAAGUCUGAAAUAA